CGCCCCUUACGUCUGGACGCUGGAUCGCCUCGAAAGGCCUCGUAAUCGCCGCCCAGAAGGAAGGAGGGCGGUAGUGCUAGAAGCUGCUAUGGUGCUGAGUUCCCUGGCAGAGCCGACCCAGACGCGGCGGUCGCGGCCAUGAAGGCGGGUGCUACGUCUAUGUGGGCUUCGUGCUGUGGGCUACUGAAUGAAGUCAUGGGGACUGGAGCUGUCAGGGGCCAGCAAUCUGGAUUUGCAGGAGGCACUGGUCCAUUUAGAUUUACACCAAAUUCUGAUUUUUCUGCUUACCCACCAGCAUCUACAGAAGGGCCUAAUAUAGUUUGCAAAGCCUGUGGACUUUCAUUUUCAGUCUUUAGAAAGAAGCAUGUAUGUUGUGACUGCAAGAAAGAUUUUUGCUCCGUGUGUUCGGUCUUACAAGAAAAUCUCCGUAGAUGUUCCACUUGUCACUUAUUACAAGAGACGGCCUUUCAGCGCCCUCAGUUAAUGCGACUGAAAGUGAAGGAUCUCCGACAGUAUCUCAUCCUUCGAAACAUACCAAUCGAUACCUGUCGGGAGAAAGAAGACUUGGUGGAACUGGUCCUGUGCCACCAUCGGCUGGGCUCUGAGGACGACUUGGACACGAGCAGUCUCAAUUCCUCAAGGUCCCAGACUUCUAGCUUUUUUACACACUCAUUUUUUUCAAACUAUACAGCCCCGUCUGCUACUGCGUCUUCGUUUCAGGGAGAGCUUAUGGGUGGAGACCGGACCUUAGGAUCUGGAGCGCUGGCACAGGAGCCCAGUGAAAUAGCUUCAGCAAACACAGAAGACGAUGAAGAUGAUGAUGACGACGAUGAUGAUGAUGACGAUGAUGAAGAAGAAAACUUGGAGGAGCGGACGCCUGGCCUCGCCAAGAAGAGAGUGAGAGCUUCUCUGUCUGACCUAUCAAGCCUUGAGGACGUAGAAGGGAUGAGCGUGCGCCAGCUGAAGGAGAUCCUGGCUCGGAAUUUCGUCAACUAUUCUGGCUGUUGUGAAAAAUGGGAGCUAGUUGAGAAAGUAAACCGGUUAUACAAAGAGAAUGAAGAAAACCAAAAGUCAUAUGGUGAGCGGCUGCAGCUGCAGGACGAGGAGGAUGACAGCCUGUGCCGGAUCUGCAUGGACGCCGUCAUCGACUGCGUUUUGCUCGAGUGCGGGCACAUGGUCACCUGCACCAAGUGUGGCAAGCGCAUGAGCGAGUGUCCCAUCUGCCGGCAGUACGUGGUGCGCGCUGUGCACGUGUUCAAGUCCUGAAGCCCAGCCCCCUGCGCUGAGCUCCAUCCUAGACAUUUCCGUGCACAGAAGGGGACUGGAAACUUCCUGUUUGAAAGCUGAAGCUAUUUUUAAAAAAUUAUUUUCACUUCUAACUGGGGACGGGAAAGAUUCAUCCUGAGUUGCGGCCACACUGGUCCAUGCCGUACGCCCGUCAGCCUGAGCACGGGCUCAGUUUCCCAGGUUCUGCUGGGCUCCCUCACAAUGCCUCUUGAUGACUCCUUGCUCAAGUGGACUGCUUAUGGCAUCAGCUACUGCUCUCUUUGCAGGACAUUUCUCUUGUUCUCUUGUUUCUCCUUCGUCCUAUUUUUAACUCAGAUGUUUGAAACUUCUGUUCUCUUUGGAUGAGAUCACUGUCUGCAAAUGGCUGACACGGUACACGCUGAGCAGUGGCACCUCUGAAUGUUCAUUAGUCAUGUAUAUUUUAAAUGCUACUAUUUGAUGAAUGUAAGUUUCCACAUUGUCGCUCUUUCUGCGUUUCAACCUCAUUGGGAACAACUGACAUUCUAUAGUCAACUGCCAGGGCCUUAGACUAAACGUGUCCAUUUUUGUUCAGGUACAGCUUUUUCUAGCAAGGGCUGCAUCUAGCUUCCUUCAUUAGAGAAGUGUGUGUGUUAAAUUCUUUAUUAACGUGUGAUCAGUUACACUGUUUUGUAUAGUGAAAGUGUAUUUUCAGUGCUACCCACUAGCUAAUUUGAACUUUAGGAAUAAAAUUAGAUUUUAAGAAAUGUUUUUAUGGACA